AAUUGCUCCUCGCUGCCCCCGGGCGUCUCAGAUUCUAGGCUGGUGGCGUCCAAUCAAGGCCUGUCCUUUCCCGGAAGGGGGGGGAGCUGGCGUCCCUCAAGGCUGGGGCUGCAGCGAGGGGCACCUCAUGCCCCCCCGCACCCCGUUUUCCUAGGCUCUCUGUCCUCAACUCCAGCCAGGACCCCCCUCCCCCCCGGAGCGUGGCGCCCGCCGGAGGCUGUGCCUGGAUGCCGAGACGGGAGGCGUCGGACCCCGGCGGGCAAGGCCAGGGCAGCCGCGCGGCCCCGACUCCUCUCCCCUCGCGGGGAAGGGAACUUUGAAACUUAGUUGGGACGGCAGAUGGUCGGUGCCUCCUCGGGUCUGUGCGUCGGUCGCGGUCAGGCCGGAGCCGAGCGCGGCUUUUCGUCACUCGGAGCCCGGAUUGAACAGCGCGCGUGGGUCUCCGGGCGGUCGGGGCGCAGACGCGCGGGGCUCCGCGGCGCUGCGUGUUUGAUGGUGACAGUGCCUACGUGGGGAUGAGUGACGGAAACCCAGAGCUCCUGUCAACCAGCCAGACCUAUAACAGCCAGAGUGAGAACAACGAAGACUAUGAGAUUCCUCCUAUAACGCCUCCCAACCUGCCUGAGCCAUCCCUCCUGCACCUGGGGGACCACGAAGCUGGCUACCACUCGCUGUGUCACGGCCUCGCACCCAACGGUCUGCUCCCUGCUUACUCAUACCAGGCAAUGGAUCUCCCCGCCAUCAUGGUGUCCAACAUGCUGGCUCAGGAUGGCCACCUGCUGUCUGGCCAGCUGCCCACGAUCCAAGAGAUGGUCCACUCGGAGGUAGCUGCCUAUGACUCAGGCCGGCCAGGGCCCCUGCUGGGCCGCCCGGCCAUGCUGGCCAGCCACAUGAGUGCCCUCAGCCAGUCCCAGCUCAUCUCCCAGAUGGGCAUCAGGAGUGGCAUCACCCACAGCUCCCCAUCACCCCCGGGGAGCAAGUCGGCAACCCCUUCUCCAUCAAGUUCCACACAGGAAGAGGAGUCAGACGCCCAUUUCAAGGUCUCGGGAGAGAAGAGACCCUCAGCAGACCCAGGCAAAAAGGCCAAGAACCCGAAGAAGAAGAAGAAGAAGGACCCUAAUGAGCCGCAGAAACCCGUGUCGGCCUACGCUCUCUUCUUCAGAGACACUCAGGCCGCCAUCAAGGGACAGAAUCCCAGCGCCACCUUUGGGGAUGUGUCCAAAAUAGUGGCCUCCAUGUGGGACAGCCUGGGAGAAGAACAGAAACAGGCGUAUAAGAGGAAGACCGAAGCUGCCAAGAAGGAGUACCUGAAAGCCUUGGCGGCCUACAGAGCUAGCCUCGUGUCCAAGAGCCCCCCGGAUCAAGGCGAGGCCAAGAAUGCUCAUGCAAACCCACCAGCCAAAAUGCUUCCACCCAAGCAGCCAAUGUACGCCAUGCCCGGUCUGGCUUCCUUCCUGACGCCCUCCGACCUGCAGGCCUUCCGCAGUGGAGCUUCUCCGGCCAGCCUUGCCAGGACGCUGGGCUCCAAGGCCCUGCUGCCAGGCCUCAGCACAUCCCCACCACCACCCUCCUUCCCCCUCAGCCCCUCAUUGCACCAGCAGCUGCCACUGCCCCCUCACGCACAGGGCACCCUCCUCAGCCCACCUCUCAGCAUGUCCCCAGCCCCUCAGCCUCCCGUCCUGCCUGCCCCCAUGGCGCUCCAGGUACAGCUGGCGAUGAGCCCCUCGCCCCCAGGGCCUCAGGACUUCCCACACAUCUCUGAGUUCCCCAGUGGCUCUGGUUCCCGUUCACCUGGUACAUCCAACCCUUCCAGCAGCGGGGACUGGGAUGGGAGUUACCCCAGCGGGGAGCGAGGCCUUGGCACCUGCAGACUCUGCAGAGGCAGCCCACCGCCUACCACCAGCCCAAAGAACCUGCAGGAACCUUCUGCCCGCUGACCUGCUUGCUCCAGGGUAGCUGUGGACCCCACUCCUUGGCCUGCACACAGUCCCCUGCGUCUGGACUUCUGGCCCCAGCCCACGCUCACCGGGCUGCCCCCCUCGAGGUUGCUUAGCAACAGACACCCACCCCAGAUGCUGGGCCAGCCACAGGUGUGCUCUCGGUAUACACAAAAGAGGCUAAAACCCGCGCCGUGGGCUCCGUGUAAGUAGUUCACUGUUUUAGAACCGUGCUGAAGACAUCUGUAAGAUUAUUUUGUGGGGAGAAAGAAAGUUUCCUUUAAGGUUUAAAAAAAAAAAAAAAACAUUUUAUAAGACCUUUAGCACAUUUUUUUUAAGUUUUAUCUUAAAGGAGACCUGUGCAAAAACAACUGUCAGACUGAUUCUAAUCUGCACAGAGAGAGAAUGGGGACUUUUCAGUCACACCCAGGGGCUUUCUUCUACUUUUUCUUCCUCCUCUUCUACUCCUCCUCCUCCUUUUCCCUCCUUCUUUUCCUCCUCCUCCUCUUCCCCUUGUUUUGUUUUCGUUUUGAUCAUGUAUCCACCUAUUUAAAAUUGCCAAUGACAAUUUUGGUUAUCUAUUUAUGAAGACAAAUUGAGAAGAGCAUUGUGGUUUCUCCUAACGUGUGUGUGGUUUGGGGUUUGGGUUUGGUUUAGGCUUUGGUCCUUGUUCGCAGCUGUCUCCUGGCCCUUGCAAUGUCUGUCCUGGUGCCCCAGUGCUUCGCUCAGACCUCUUUGUAAUAAAACUUCUGAAAAGUG